GGAUCUGAGAGAGAACGUACUUUCUUAGUUCUCACACUUCAACGGACAGAACAUAACACCUAAGUGGCGGAUUCCAAAGCAGAGACUAAAUCUUAAUUUUUACACAAGUGCUUGAGAUCCGCAGUUCCCCACGACAGCUUCUCUCUCUAUCGAAAACCACCGUGGAAGAAGAAGAAGCGUCUCGAAGAAGACGACGAGAAAAUGGGAAAGUCUCCGGCGUAUUGCUUCCGAAUCAUCACUUGUGGCGGCGGAGAUGGCGGCGCCGACGAUCCUACGGCCAAAGAAGCCGGCGAUCUCAACUCCUACGAGAACAAGAGCUCCAGUGGCAAUCGUGGUUGGAGUUUCCGGAAGAAAUCUGGAAGGCACCGAGGUUUAAACAGCACCACUGUGUCUGAACCCCCUGCGGUGACACGGACCAGAGAAACUCUGGAAUCUGCUCUCCUGAAACCUUCGUCUCCCGACAAUGGCAAUGUGUCUGAAAAGCCGUUCACGGAUCAAUGUACUGACGACAAGAGCCAGUUACCGGUUAAGUACUUGGCAGAAGAACCGACUGAAGAGAAACCCCGAGUGAUUGUUCCGCAAGCUGAGCAGCCUAUGGGGGACAAAACCGAGUUUUCGGCUCCGAGAGUUAAGGAACUGGUCGAUGACAGAACUGAGUUGCCUGUUCCUGUGGAAUCAAGAGAGACCGAGGUCGAGGACGAUGGGAAUGAAAUUGAAAAGGAAACCCAAUCACAAGUAAAUUCAAAAGGAUCAGAUGUUGGAGAUGCUACAGUUAUAGAGAAAGAUUCUGGUUCCGAGGUUCACAUUGCUUCUAAUCUCGAUGUUCAAGAACCCGAGACCGAUGAUGUGAUCAUGAUCAGAAAAGAGAACGAUGAAGAAGUCGAUGAUGACAAAAUAGAUGAGUCUGCUAUCAUUAUCAUUCAAACUGCCAUCCGUGGAUUUCUGGCUCGGAGGAAGCUUUUCAAGCAUAAGAAAGCUGUUAAAUUGCAAGCUGCGGUCCGUGGGCACCUGGUUAGGAGGCAGGCCAUGGGAUCCCUUCGUUGUGUCCAGGCUAUUGUCAAAAUGCAGGCUCUGGUCCGUGCCCGUCAGUCCAUCCAGCAUAGAAUCCAUGCUUCAGAAAUCUCGGAUAAGACUGACGAGAUGAACAGAACGAAAAAGCUGCUCCAAAACAAGUUUGCUCGUCAUCUAAUGGAGUCAGCGCCCAAGACCAGACCUGUUAAUCUCAAGUGUGAUCCGACACAACCGAGUUCUGCUUGGAACUGGUUGGAGAGGUGGAUGUUUGUGUCAUCGCCUGACAAGACGUCGAAACCGAGUUUGUCUGCGGAAGAACAGCAAUCUGUAGCUCAGCCCGAAGAAGUACCACAGUCUCACAAUCAUUUGGAAACAAUUCACCUCGAGUUAGAGACUGAAACUGAGAAGAAUCUGCCAAGUGAUGAAGCGAGUGAAAUAGAAGUGGGUCAUGUGGAGAUAUCCGAGGCAGAGGAGCCCGAAUCAGCGAAGGAAUGGCCAGAAAAUUCUCUCAUGCGGAAACCGAGCAAUCCCUCUUUCAUUGCAGUGCAGUCGAAGUUCGAAGAGUUAUCUUCUUCGUCGACAGGCUCAGAGAGACCGAUGGCUUUGUCUUACAAAACCGAGACAAGUUCAUCGGUGGCUGACAACAUGGAAACUCGAAAAGAGCUUAGCAUUGCAGAACAGGAUGUCACCCGAGCUCGGCUUGAUUGUACUGACCUCUCUGUUCCUUUGACUCUCGAAACAGCCGAGAAGAACUCCGAAACCGGGCCUGCGGAUUCGGGUAAUGAAGCAAAAUUCCCCGAGAAAGGAACCUUCGAAACUGACACGGGAGAGGUUACGAGUAUCGAAAUUAAGGACCUUGAGGAGAAACUCGAUCAAGUAGAAGAAUCUGUCGUGUCAGAGACUCAACAGAAACCGAUAAUAAGUACUCCAGAUGCUAAGAAGCAUCAAGAACCGUUAUCGCCGGAAUCUGCGUCCCCGAUGACAAUUCCCGAGUCCCAAGCAACACCGGCCAGCCAAGCAUCCUCGUCGGUUAAAGCCGAAAAGGACAAAACCCGAAAAAGCGGGUCAGGUCAGAAGCGGAAGGUGAGCAAGAAGAUGAUGACGUCAAGCCCAAACCAUGAAUCUGGUGAUGCAGGAAGUGCGGAACAAGAAACCGGGAAAGAUCAGAGGAGCGGGAAGAGGAGAAACUCGUUCGGGUUUGAUCAAGAACCGAGGGAUAGCGGUAGCGGGAAGAGCUCUCUCCCGCGGUUCAUGCAGCCGACAGAGUCGGCAAGAGCCAAGGUUCAAGAACAUAACUCCCCGAGAUCGAGUCCCGAUGUCCACGAGAAAGACGGUUCCAUCAAAAAGAGGCAUUCGUUGCCUGGUCCGAACGGAAAACAAAGCUCUUCUUCGCCUAGAAUCCAACGCUCUGCAUCGCAAACAACAAAAGAUGGUCGACGUUGCUUGUUUACAGAGAGGAAAUGGCAGAGGUAACACAGAGCAGUCGAAAUCCAACGGAGAGGAUUAUUCGGAUUCGGAGAAGAAUUCAGACAAAUACUUUUUUAAACUCUCUUGAUGUUCUUCGUAAUCAGACAUGUGAGUGCCAAAAGUUCGCUAGUAGUAGGAAACAUAUUUGUACAGGUUCUCUCUCUCUCUCUCUCUCUCUCUUUUUGGGUUGUGGCAGAGAAUUAAUUGAUUCUUCGGAUUUGUUGAGUUUGAUUUUGGUUUGUUUGUUUUUUUUUUCCGGACAGAUCUGAAAGUGAAAGCUUGUUGUAGACAAAUGAUGUUUGAGUGGGGAUAUGCUUGAUUUCGUUUCUCUUUUA